AUGGGGUGGUGGAAGAAGGAGGGCCUUGCUGAGACCUUGAGCUUUGCAAGGCAUCGAUUAGUGGAGUGUUUCUUAUGGGCAGUGGGAACAGUUUUUGAGCCUCAAUAUGGUUUUCUUAGAAAAUGGCUGACAAAAAUCAUUAAUCUGAUUAUCCUAAUUGAUGAUGAUAUUUAUGAUAUUUAUGGCUCACUGGAUGAACUAGAGCAAUUCACCGAUGCAGUGGACAGGUGGGAUGACAAGAAAAUUGAGCAUCUUCCAGACUAUAUGAAGAUAUGUUUUCUAGCACUCUAUGGAACGACUAAUGAAAUCUCCAGUGGCGUUCAGAAAGACCCGAAUAGAAACAUAAUUACCCCUCUUAAGAAAGUGUGGACAGAUUUUUGUAAAGCAUUAUUGGUGGAGGCGAAGUGGUACAAUAGUGGAUACUCACCCUCUUUAGAAGAGUAUCUAGACAAUGCAUGGAUCUCAUCCUCAGGGGCCAUCCUUCUAGUUCAUGUACAUUUUGCUCUAACCCAAGUGAUGAGUGAUGAAGAAGUAGGUUUCCAGGAGACCGAUCAGGAUCUUGUGUACUAUCCAUCCAUGAUCAUUCGACUUUGCAAUGACUUGGGGACUUCAGCGGCGGAGUUAGAAAGAGGUGAUGCUCCAUCAUCAAUCCUAUGUUACAUGAGAGAAGCAAAAGUUUCUGAGGAGAUAGCUCGAGAGCACAUAAAAGGCAUGAUAGUGAACUCAUGGAAGAAAAUUAAUGAAAAAUGCAUCUCCCACUCAUCUCAUUUGCCUCCUAUGUUUCUUAAUUUAACCUACAACAUUGCACGAGUGACUCAUUUUUUUUACCAAUAUGAAGAUGGCUUCGGGGUUCAAGACCGUGAAACCAGAAACAAUGUCCUAUCUUUGCUAGUUCAACCUAUCGAACUUCAUCAUCUCAACAAAACUCACUCCAUUAAAUUAUGAUUGGUGAUGGUUUCAUAUAUCUCCACAAAAAAGGACAAGAUCAUAAACAUGAUGAUGAUGGUGGUGUUUUUGUUUUAAUUUUUUAAGUGUAAAAAUGUAGUGUCUUUCAUGAGAUGUAUCUUUCUUUUUCUCUUCUUUAAUAAAAUUUCUGUUCUUUAGCG